GGACUGCUAAAACAGCAAUUACUUUAUUCUAAACGGCUAUCUUUGCUUUAGGCGAACUACUGUUUUGUCAAGACUUUACAUCCAGCCCGUCUUGAAUUGAAUACAUGGCUCAAACAGGAGACAAAGUACUCACGAAGUAUUUGUGCUCAAUGUGACUAUACCGACCACACGAGCCGCCGCCGGACAGAGACCAUUGCGUCACCCUCACGAGGACGGACCAUAUGGCUCCCAAGUCAAUAUUAUCACCCCUCCCAUCCCUCUUAAUUAAAAAGGAAAUAAAGGUAACAGAUUCCCCUGUUUAAAACCAAUUAUUAAAAAAAAAAACAAGCAACACCCUGUAAAACAGGGGUCUCUUAAUGCGUUUUCCCCAUUCCAUAAAGGAAAUGGUAUUAUGGAAUUUAAUGAUGCUGUGAUAAAACGUGGUCUUAAUGGAACCACUUUAAAACGUUUUUGUUGUUGGAAACACGGAAGUACAAAAAGGAACAAAAAAAACAAAAACAAAAAAACACCUCAAAGAAAGCAAAUCCAAACCAGAACUUCAGAACCUUCAGCAGCGAACUCCUGGUCAUGGCACUGCGUUUCUUGGGGCCCAACGUGUACACAGAAGCCCCUGAUGGAGGCUGGGGAUGGGUGGUGGCUGUGGCCUUCUUCUUGGUGGAGGUUUUCACGUAUGGCACCAUCAAGAGCUUUGGCAUCUUCCUCCAGGACCUGAUGGCGGAGUUUGGAGAGACCAACAGCCGAGUCUCUUGGAUUGUUUCCAUUUGUGUGUUUGUCAUGACCUUCAAUGGUCCUCUAUCUUCUGUGAUGACCAACCGCUUUGGGUUCCAAAUUGUCGUCAUGAUAGGAGGAUUACUUAUUUCCUCGGGUACCAUUGCCACCAGCUUUACCUGCUCCAUCAAUCAAAUGUACAUCACCUAUGGAUUAGUUGCCGGUCUGGGCUACUGUCUGACCUUCCUGCCCACUGUGACCAUCCUUUCCCAGUACUUCACCCGUCGACGGUCUCUGGUCACAGCUGUGGCUUCCACAGGAGAGUCCCUGUCCAUGUUUGCCCUGGCGCCAGCCUUUUCUGCACUGAGGGAACAUAUUGGCUGGCGACAUACCAUGGCAGUGAUAGGAGCUUUGCAAAGCACCAUCAUCAUUUGUGGUGCUCUGCUUCGGCCAAUCGUUUUAAAACCCAGAGCUUCCCCUGAGACAGAGACUGACAGAUCGCCCCCAAAGGAACUGGAAGCCCUCGGUGCACAAGAGAAUGUAGAGGGCGCGAAUCCGGAGCAGUCGAUGACAGUCAAGACCUCACAUGCACGAAAUGCUUCACACAGUCUGGACAGUGAGCUAACCAGAAGCUCUGUGAACACUGGAGACUCUGGUGUCCAGUCUCUAAACGACACAGAUAACAGCAGCCCAGAGGAGAGGACAUUACUGCACAAAGAAGCAAGGUCAGAGACAGAGCAGAAAUUUGUUGAAAACGGUAAGGCAGAGGUUAGAGAACCUGAAACUGAGGAGGAGAAAGAGAACAAAGAUGCAGAGAAACAAGGAAUGAAAGAUGAGGAAAAUAAAUCAGGUGAUGAAAAACUAUCUGCAAAGAAUUCAAAACUUCUAGAUUUCUCCAUCCUCAGAGAAUGCAGCUUCAUUUUCUAUUCUCUGUUUGGGCUGUUUGCCACACUCGGCUUCUUCGCCCCUCAACUCUACAUCAUUGAGCUGAGUGUGAAUCGAGGCGUGGAGCGGGACCGUGCCACCUACAUGCUCUCCACCAUGGCUGUGGCUGAAAUCCUAGGCCGAUUCUCUAUUGGGUGGAUCCUGACACGGAAGCAGUUCAGGAGGAAGAAGCUGCUUGUUCUUCUGGCAUGUGUAAUCAUAAUGACUGUGGAUCUGGUGGGAUUUACUUUGGUUACGGAGUUCUAUGGCCUGGCUUUGUGCUGCACUUUGUAUGGCUUCUUUAUGGGGACAGUAGCAUGCACCCACAUCCCCAUACUGGCUGAGGAUGAUGUGGUGGGCAUAGAUAGGAUGUCUUCAGCUGCUGGUGUCUACGUGUUCAUACACAGCUUUGCCGGGCUGGCUGGACCUCCACUUGGAGGUGUGCUGGUGGAUGUGACUCAGAACUACGGCUCAGCCUUCUACUCUUGUGCAGUCGGCAUGGCGCUGAGUGCCGUGUUCCUUGGAUUGGUAAAACCUGCUAAGAAAGGAUUACUCUGUAGGAAGAGGAACUCAAAACACCCUGAAGACAUGCAUGAAAGCAAAGAGGACUCAGAGGAAAAGAGUGGAGAGCAUAAACUGGACAAAACUGACAGUCCUCUCGGUUGCUCCGAAGCAAAAGUCAACUUGGACCACAACCAAGCAGGGGCUGCAAGAGAUGUCCAGGAGGUUAUACGUUUUGGUUGAACUGAUAACAUAGGCAAAGGGUAAUUAAAAGGGUCAAGCCACACAGAGGUAAAAGGCUAUGUAAAGACUACUGCUUCCAGAAUGCUGAAGUGACACGAAUACAAUGAAGAAGACAACCAAGAUGAAGUGUUUAACAUAGACCUCUGUAGAUCUGGUUUCUGAGAGCAAUCUUGAGAAUGACAUCACAAUAUUGAGAUCACAAUAUGUAUGUAGCAAUUAUGCCUUACAUACCUAAUGUACCAAACUGUUUUUACCAGAGUCAAUACUGUUAUAAUUGAAAUGUGUACUAUUAAAUUAGCUUUAAGUGAGUAAGCUUUUGAUAUUGUCUUGUUUUAAUGCACAGUGGUGUGAAAUUUUGCUGGAAGGUAUGGACCUAUUCAAAGUGGACCAUGAAUGACGCAGUGUGUUAAUGGAGAUGUCUUAGAUAUUCCAGAGAGAAGACCAAUUAAACACUGAUCAACUAAUUACCUGCUGGGGAUCAAUA